AUAGUAUUGCUUUGCUCUCAAAUUAGAAACGAGAAACAUCUUUAGUAUCACCACUGUGACAUGUUCUUAGUAGUUAUUACUUCCGUUCCUUAAUAUAAGAACUUUUGGCAAACUAAAUUAGUUUCCCGAAGCGUCCUAUAUCAUGGAACGGGGGCAGUAGUGAAGUACAUAAUUGGCUAGCUAGGUUUCAGUAAAAAAAAACAAGCCUCAACAACACCUGAAAUGUAAUGGACAAAGCUUUGCCCUGUGAAAGCAAAGCCAUGUAUAUUCAUGACCAUAGAAACUCUAUUGCGCGAGUUUUUAUUAACUCUACUACACAAAUUUCUAUAUUCUGGAACAUUUACACUAGUUUUUUUCCCGUUGCAAAACAUGAGCGUGUUGGCCAGCCGACAAAGCUAGCCCUCUAGAACGCCUAUAGCAGAUCAAGGAGAGAAGCGGACAAACACCGAUUUUUUUUUUUUUUGCCCAGUCCACUAUGUCAUGCUCUCUCUGUUCUUAAAUAAGUGUACAAUCUAACUUUUGUCCUAAGUUAAAAUUUUAAAACUUUGACCAUUUUAUUAAAACAAUAGCAACAUACAUGACAUCAAAUCCAUAUAAUACAAAGAAAAACACUUGAAGACGAUCCUAGUGAUACUAAAUUGGGGUGCUAUAAAUAUUGUCACUUUUUCAUAAAGUUGAUGAAACUUUAAAAUAUUUAAUUUAGGACAAGAUAUAUAAGUACACUUGUUAGGGAACUUGGAUGGAGGGAGUAGACUCUCAUAAUUUUGCAGGUGGAUGGUUGAACCGCACGCAGACAAGCUCACGAGCAAGUGCGCCUGGGAGACAAGAUUGCCCGUCUCUAGGAGGGAGCGCAAGUCUGCUCGUGGAGUUGCGCUACACGCAUUCCAUUAUUCGGCGGAUCAAGAUUCAGAGGACGCGCCGUGCCCUGCGGUGCCUAUCUUGGGGCCGGAGAUAGAAAGGAACCUCUUCACAUGGUCGCAUAAACAAUCGCAGGCCCGCAGGGGCAAACUGGCAACUCUGCAAUGUACUGUAUGGCUGAAGUAGUCUACCCGGACGGCCACUCUCUACAACAACGAAGGCAAGGACCGCCGCCGCCCCCACGGCCCCACCCACCAAGACGAUAUGUCCGCCGCCGUUACACGGCCUUGGUUCCUCGUCGUCGUCGCCGCGGCGUUCUGGGCCUGCAUACUAUACGUCCGCAUCUCCGUGCACACGGUUGCACCGAGCGACGUGAGCCGCAGCGGCGCUGACAGCAGUGAUCCAUGCAGGGGACGUUACGUGUAUGUGCACGAGCUCCCGCCACGAUUCAACGCCGACAUGCUCUCCGGCUGCGCCAAUCUGGAGGGCCAAUGGCCCAACAUGUGCAAGCAGGUGAGCAACGCCGGCCUCGGGGAGCCGCUGCUACACCCCGAUCAGCUCGACGGGGAGGUGCCGGGCGGUGGCGCGCUCACCAACUCCAGCGGCUGGUACGCGACGCAGCAGUUCGGGUUGGACGCCAUCUUCCACGCCCGCAUGCAGCGGUACGAGUGCCUCACCAACGACUCAUCCGCGGCGGCCGCCGUGUUCGUCCCGUUCUACGCCGGCUUCGAGUUCUCGCUCCAUCAGUGGGGCUACGACGAAGCAACGCGGGACGCCGCGUCGCGCGACCUGGCGAGCUGGCUCAAGAGCCGCCCGGAGUGGCGCAGGGCGAGCGGCCGCGACCACUUCCUCGUGGCCGGGCGCACGGCCUGGGACUUCCAGCGCGACACCAUCAACAUCUCAGUCUGGGGCACCAACCUGCUCCUCCUCGACGCCGUCAGGAACAUGACCGUCCUCGUCAUCGAGUCGUCCACCUCCGUCAUCGGGGGCGGCAGCGACAUGGCUGUGCCUUACCCGACAUACUUCCACCCACGGACAGACGCCGAUGUCCUGGACUGGCAGCGCAGGAUCAGGAGCGCCGACCGCCCGUGGCUCAUGUCCUUCGUGGGCGCGCCAAGGCCGCGCGAAUGGCAGUCCAUCAGGCCGGACAUCAUCGACCAGUGCGCCGCGUCGUCCGCCUGCCGCCAUCUGGGCUGCGCCAGCGGGGAAAAGCAGUGCCACACCCCGGGGGAGAUCAUGCGCCUCUUCCGGAGCUCCACGUUCUGCCUCCAGCCACGGGGGGACUCGGCCACGCGGCGGUCGGCGUUCGACGCCAUGGUCGCCGGCUGCGUGCCGGUCUUCUUCCACCCGCGCUCCGCGUACCUCCAGUACAAGUGGCACCUGCCCAGCAACCACACCCGCUACUCGGUGUUCAUAACGGAGGACGACGUGCGCGCGGGCAACGUGAGCAUCGAGGAGACGCUCAGGAGGAUACCGCCGGCGACGGUGCGGGAGAUGCAGGAAGAGGUCGUCAGGCUCAUGCCGGGGCUCGUGUACGCCGACCCGAGGUACACGCUCGAGACGGUGAAGGAUGCGUUCGAUCUCACGGUGGACGGUGUGCUGAAGAAGGUGGCAGAGACGCGGAGUGCCGAACUAUUGGGUGGUGGUGUAGCCCGGCACUCGACCUCGCAAGAUAACACAAUUUCAUCCAAGUGAUGGGUUCAUCGUCACUUGGCGUGAUGAACAAUCAGCUCGUGUAACCCGUGGAUAACACCUGCUGAAUGUCUGUUGUUGACUGCUGAGAUGUUUCUAUGUGCAUGUAAUUGUACCGAUCUCAAUUGUAUCUUGCGUAGUGGUAGUAAUUCGGCACAACUAGCACAUGGAAUUCAACAUCUAAGAUGCAUUCGUUCAUAAGUUUACGUAGCUUCUGAAUUUUAUGUGUAUAACUUUUCAUAACAA